AGAUAAAAACAUCUUAGCAGAUACAUUAACAAGAGAGCUAUCACAAUGGAACCGAUAGGAGUCCAGAUUGCCAGAAAGGAGCUAGAAAUCCGACGAGCUGAGCAGCAAGUCGAAAAUUUGAAAAAAGAGCUUGAAAUCCUACAUAUGCAAGCUAGUUCAAUUCCGGCUGAAGCGGUAAAGCUACCAGCACCAGAAGCAUCAAGAAGCAAGAUCUUGGUGGUAACAACUGGUCCAAAGAUGGGUAUCUACCACAACUAUGCAGAUAUCCAGGGAGUGCCAGCAACUUCCUACACUGAAGCUAGUUCUAUGUUCGAGGCAGAACGAACACUGCAAACAGCAAAGAAGGCGGAGGAAGCCCGCAAAGCUAAGGCCCCAAAAUUGGUCCAAAGGAUGGAUCGAUGGAUAGAAAGAGGCAUAACUGAGAAAGUUAUGGGCCUUGUCCAGGAAGAGGUCAUGUCUAUGGCAGAAUGGAACAUUUUGUUCGAAAAUGCCAAGACCUUCCAAGAGAAAGGCAACAAGGCAUAUCCAAUAAUCCGAAAGGAUAAGAUGAAAGUUGUCACUAUGAAGGGUUGUGAACCCAAACUUGUCUAUGAUCUCUACAGAGCAGGGAUCCUUGAUACUGUCUACACCACUUAUGAACUUGAUGAAUUGAGUGGAUUUUCCAAACAAUUCAGAGAAAAAGUUCGUGACUAUGUUAGACGAUCUCAGAUCGUCAAAUUCAAAAGAGAUUGCUACUUCUCUAUGAUAUCAACAAUUCCAGAUUGGGCAGGAGAUGUCAGAUAUCCAGCCUAUCAUCUGAUUAAAGGUGGAGUAGUCAGUAAGGACUACAUUAUGCCUGAUAUGGUACAAGCUGCUAGAGGAGACGGAGUCUUCACCACAUGGCAAUUAGCUGCUCUACGAGCAGAUUUAAUUGAUGAAAUGACAUUUACAUUGUCAAAUUUUAGAGAUACUGAUAAACUCAGGAUCUAUUAUGACUUUAAAAAUGUGCUAUUCUAUGCAUGGGCACCUGCAUUCAUCACAGAAGCAGACCUGAAGACAUUCCACGAAUGGAGAGAAAAGAUGCAUAUAGACAAUAUUCUGAUCUCGGAAUAUACCAGGAAGGCACUCCUGAGAGAGCUUCCGGAAGAAGGUGCUAUGGAUAUGGACGAGGGUGGUCCCUCAAAUGCUGAAGAACCUCUAGAUGAUCGUAUGGAAGACGAUACCGAGGUUCCUGGAAUCUGGAAGCCGACUGUGAGAUCACGGGCUAGGAUUGGAGCAAAGGCUAGCAGAGAGUUAGAGAUUAUCGUUCUACGCGAUGAAAACCAGCUACCUAAGAAUAUGGAAACGAUUCAUGCAAUCGACAGAAUUAAAUCUUCUAUGAAGAAUUCUCAAAAGGUUAGUGCUAUUCAAGAACUUGAAAAGCUAGCUAAGAUCUAUGAAAUAGAUCUGAACGAAGCUAAGACAUAUGCUACGAAAGAUAACUGGUGGGGUGAUAUCCUCCCAGUAAGACAAGAUAAAGCUGAAAAGCUUAAAAAGAUAAUACAGCAGGUCAAAGAUCUUUAAGAUCUAGAUCGAGAAGGUUUCGAUUAACCAAGAUUUUUGGUGAAGCUUUAAGCGAGGAACCAUUAAUUUAGUUAUACGAACCCCUGAUCUGAUCAUGGAAAGCAGUUCAGAUACAGAAGACAGUACCAUGCGGAGGAUCUCCGUCAGAGGAAAAUAUAGAACUGAAUAUAAA